AUGAGCGGCCGCGCCUCGCAGAUUCGUUUUCGCGCCUGGGGCAUCACCUUCGAGUCCCUCGGCCGCGACGGAUACGCCGCGUGGGACGCGACGCCGGAGAACGGCAAGGCGCAGAUCCUCGGCAUCGUGGGGCUGCUCGAGAUCCUCGGCGAGUCGGCAAUCAAGCCGCACUACAUGGCCGGGGGCACGCCGGGCAAGAUCCCGUUGCUGUGGGACCCGCUCGGCUUCACCGCCAAGCUCUCUUCCGAGGUGCUCGCCGAGAAGCGAGUCUCGGAGCUGAAGAACGGCCGCCUCGCCAUGAUCGGCGUCAUAUCGCUCGUCUCCGCGCACUUCAUCCCCAACUCGGUCCCACUCUUGCCCUGA